UCACUUUCACACCAAGCAGCUUUCGGUACAGCCAACACAGAGAUUCACGUGACCGAUUUGAAAAAUAUUGAAUGGUUAGACUAAAAUUCGUCGAACAACGCUUAAAAUGAGCGCACCUUUUAAGUGGUUUGGAUUUGUUUAAACAUAGCUUUUAAUUGGCACUAUUCACAAGAUGGCUAAAUCAAAAUUUAGCUUAAUAUUAAUCGUGCGCGAUGAGGCCGCGCCUCCGAGCCUGCAGAGUAAUCGCUUGAUCGGCGCGCGGAGGAAUGGGUCUCCGCGCGCUCUGUUUGAGAAUGUAAAUUACGAUUGAGGCACGUCACGAAUGGCUCAAAUUGAAUUCGCAUUAUCUCAAGUUGAAAGAGCGGUGGGGGGUGGGACAAGGGGCACAUUUAACCCCCCAAAUGCUUCAAGACAAGUGAUCUUAAAGAGUAAACAAUUAACUAAGCUGCAGCUGCAUGAUGGUGCAUCUUUAAUAGGUCUCUUUUCACUGAAACCACGUAGGUAUCAACUUAAAAUCUAUCUAUCUAUCUAUCUAGGCCUAGCUAUCAUUUCACUGUAAUAGCUCAAGUCAAAACACAAUACUUUUAUAGUGUGAAAUGUUCAGGUGAACAGUAUUACUUUUAACUGCCAAAACCUUUCCAUUUUAGAGUUAACCCAUCCAAGUCACUCAUGAAACUUAAGAUAGUCUACUGAUAUAUCUUAAAUACCCCCCACCCCCACCCCAAACACACACACACACACACACACCACCCCUUCAAACAAAUGAGGGCUGAGGUGUGACCAUAACAGCCAAUCAGAGUAGAGAGGUGUUUCAAAACUUGUAUAAAUAGUUCAGGUGAAGACAGGUGUCAGGCUGUGAUGCACCUGACCAAUCCACCUGUGUUAGACAGAGACAGCAGAGCAGAGGGAGGUGUGUUCACUCAGAACAACAGAACAAACGGAAGAAAAAAUAGGAGGAAAGCAUGACGUCAUUUGUUCCUCAAGCCCUUUCACCCCAGUUUCACAGCAUGGGGCAGGAGUCCCAAGAGUUCAGCCUGUAUGGUGACAACUUCUACAGCACUCAGCCUGUGCCUAGUCCACAGCAAACCCUGCCGUCCGCUUAUGAUCUCGGAGAAUACGCCAGCCAGACCUCCAACCCUUACCUGUGGUUCAAUGGACCCGGGCUCAAUCCGGCUCCGUGUCUCAGCGGAGGGCCUCAGCACUAUGGGAUGACGAAGCCAUACGUGGCCGCAGGCGGAAUCGGGGGCUCAGACGGUGCUUUCAGCUGGUUCUCCCUGCCUUCUCAAGAAGAUCUGAUGAAACUCGUGAGGCCUCCAUACUCUUACUCAGCACUUAUUGCGAUGGCAAUACACGGAGCCCCAGACCGUCGCCUCACUCUCAGUCAGAUCUACCAGUAUGUGGCUGACAACUUCCCCUUCUACAACAAGAGCAAAGCCAGCUGGCAGAACUCAAUCCGGCAUAAUCUCUCACUCAACGACUGCUUCAUGAAAGUGCCCCGAGAUGACAGUGAUCCAGGUAAAGGAAACUACUGGACCCUUGACCCAAACUGUGAGAAGAUGUUCGAUAAUGGCAACUUCCGUCGCAAAAGGAAGAGAAAGUCUGACUCUCUGGCUGAAGAGGAGGGAAAAGGCUAUUCUGGAUCGGACUCGGCUCUAUCGAGUCCUAAAGAGCCCAGCGACUCCUCGGAGAGAGGAAACUCUCCAGUCUCCACAGAUCCGACUCCGUGUCUAAACGGCUUUCUAAGUCAAAUGGGUGAUGUGGCUUCAGGCUCAAGAGAGGCUCUUCUCCCAUCUCCCCUAACUUUGCCUUUGAGCCAAAGAUCUUCUCCGCCUGGGGUGUAUGGCUCGUACUCCCCGAGCACUAACGUGCCGCAAUGGGAAACCCAUAUCCCUCAUCCCAUCCCAUCCAACGUCUCCACUUCGCCCACUUUGUACACAGACAGUUAUAGUGACUCUAUGCUCAACCAGUACAGCAGCCAGCUCUAUCCAGUGCUGGGCUCCUCUGAGUUGCUGUAUCCGCGGGAGGGAACAGAGGUGUAGCAUGGGACAUAGCACCGUCAGGUAUGAACACAUCGGCCUGCAUCGUGAGCCAAGUUCCCACAGCAGUGCCUGAGUCAGCAGGUCCGAAGAAAUGCAGAGGAGAUUCCCUCUAUCAGACAGUUGUGUGAACGCCCUCACACGCUCUUCUCAGACUCACCUGCUGACAUCAUCUAAUUCAUGUUGCAGCUGAAAGACAACAGUAAUCGCCUCGGGCUACUGCUCCCAGUCCCGUUUUUUUGUUGUGGUUUGUGUUGUUUUUACAGUUCUGUUUAAUUGAAGCCUGGAACAUGCGUAAAUGCACUGACCUUUGACAUAAAAAUUUGCAUUUGUCCAUUUUUCAAUAUUUUGUAUUUGUAUUGUUCACUUUUUAUAUUUUGUGAUUGUAAUAUAUACUGUAUUUGCCAAAAUAAACAAGCAUAUU